CCUCCGCCGGGAGAGGUGCCCGCAAGACAGCGAUGGCCGGAGAGCUCAGCAUCGGAGCCGAGCUGCCCACCAGCCCCCUGGCCAUGGAGUACGUCAACGACUUCGACCUGAUGAAGUUCGACGUGAAGAAGGAGCCCCUGGGCAGGAACGACCGCUCGGGCAGGCACUGCACCCGCCUGCAGCCUGCCGGCUCCGUCUCCUCCACCCCCAUCAGCACGCCCUGCAGCUCCGUGCCCUCCUCGCCCAGCUUCAGCCCCACCGAGCAGAAGACCCACUUGGAGGACCUGUACUGGAUGGCCAACAGCUACCAGCAGAUGAACCCCGAGGCGCUGAACCUCACCCCGGAGGACGCUGUCGAAGCCCUCAUUGGGUCCCACCAGGUGUCCCAGCAGCUGCAAGGCUUCGAGAGCUUCCGGGCCCACCACCACCACCAUCACCACCAUCACCAACACCACCACCAGUACCCCACGGUCACUCACGAAGACCUGGCCGGCAGCGGGCACCCUCACCACCACCACCACCAUCACCAUCAGGCCUCUCCCACUCCCUCCACCUCCUCCAGCUCCUCCCAGCAGCUCCAGAACUCGCACCAGCAGCAUCCCCCCUCCAGCAGCGUGGAGGACCGGUUCUCGGAUGACCAGCUGGUCUCCAUGUCCGUGAGGGAGCUCAACAGGCACCUCCGCGGCUUCACCAAAGACGAGGUGAUCCGCCUCAAGCAGAAGAGGAGGACCUUGAAGAACAGGGGCUAUGCCCAGUCCUGCAGGUAUAAGCGUGUCCAGCAGAAACACCACCUGGAGAAUGAAAAGACCCAGCUCAUUCAGCAGGUGGAACAGCUCAAGCAAGAAGUGACCCGGCUCGCCAGAGAGAGAGACGCCUACAAGCUCAAGUGUGAGAAACUCGCCAGCAAUGGCUUCAGAGAGGCCGGCUCCACCAGUGACAACCCGUCUUCCCCCGAGUUCUUCAUGUGA